UCUGGGAGAGUUUUUGAUAAUCGCGGUCUUAGAGCCGGUUGGUUCUGUUUGCAAACAUGGCGCAUUGGAAUAAAUUCGAAAAGGAUUUGAAGAGUUUGAUCCGGCAGGUUACUGGACUCGCAGAAGAGAAUCCCGAGUUCCAAAUUGCAUUGCAGUACACCUGGUCUAAUGUCAGAUUCCAUCAGUUUCUUGAUGUUGACAGCAACAAAAUAACGCGUGUGAUUGAUGGUAUUCAUGAAAAGCUGACAAUUCAUUCAGAGCUCCCUAAAGCUGAAAGCUGGCGGAGGUUAACAGAGGAACUUCUAGAGUUGCCUCUGGAGACCAUUGAAGGAACAAAGACCAGGGAACACUAUGCAAUAUUGUCCCUCUUGCUUGCCCUUUCUGAUUCACCUUCCAAUUCUCAAUAUACUGAGAAACCAAGAAAGAAGGAAGAGGUAAAACACGAUGAUUUUGACUGGGGGAAGUACCUGAUGGAAGGUGAAGAAAUUGAUAUUGGUCCUUAUCCAGAUACUCCAGAGUGGUCCGAAGAAGAAAGUGAAGAAGAACUCCAAGAGUCCUUGAGUAGGGAGGAUUCGGGUAUUCAGGUUGACAAAACCCCACCAGAAGAGCAAGCACACAUUAAGAACACAGGGCCCCAUAUCUCUUUAAAGGCCAAUGAAUCAGAAGUACAGUUGUGGCUGGAUCAGCAUGUGGUCACUCAGUAUUGGACAAACAAACCAUCGAAAUUUAGUCACAGCUUUCACCUACAUUCCAAUUUAGCAGCUGUCUGGGAGCAGCACUUAUACAAUUCUGAUCCGCUAUAUUAUUCAGAUGAUCGAAAAUUUGUUACAGAAGCCCAAGUUAUACGAGAAACAUUGUGGUUGCUGUCAGGAGUUAAUAAACUUUUCCUGUACACAGUGCAUGAUGGGAAAAUAUCAGUGAGGAAUGAUGUCAUGGUGGCUCACCUGACCCAGAAUUGUCUAAGAGCAGUAUUGGAACAGAUUGCAGCUUAUGGACAAGUUGUUUUCAGGCUACAGAAAUUCAUGGAUGAAGUUAUUGGGCACAGCACUGAAAGCUGUUCACUUGGAGCUAUUCCUACAUCGAGAAAGUUUACUGAGCCACCUUUCCGAACAUAUCAGUCUUUUGUCUGGGCCCUGUAUAAAUAUUUUAUCAACUUCAAGGAAGAGCUUGUCAGCAUUGAAAAGUGCAUGAUUACUAAAGAUGAGACGGUUACCCUGGCAGCAGUACUUGAGAAACUGGCUCCUCGAUUGUCACAACUUAAGAUGCUUCAAAGAGUAUUCAGCACAGGAGUAGCAGAGGUUCCGCCCGAUACUCCAAAUGUAAUAAGAGCUUCCCAUUUACUGAAUACACUGUAUAAAGCUAUUAUUGAAUAUGACAGUGUAGGAGAAGCUGCUGAACGGACGGUGUCUCUUCUCUUCUCUUUGUGGGUGGAAACUGUAAGGCCCUAUCUUGAAAUUGUGGAUGAGUGGAUAGUCCAUGGAAAUCUGUCUGACCCUGCAAAAGAAUUCAUUAUCCAGAGAAACAAAGAUGUCCCAGUGAAUCAUAGAGAUUUCUGGCAUUCUACUUGUACGUUGUUUAGCGUGUCUGAAAAGACUGGAAUGAAUGAAAAUACGAAUGAUGGUGCAGGCAGCAGUGGCACCAUUGAUCAAGAAAAUUCCAGUAAGCAACACACAAUGGUCUCUUUCCUGAAACCAGUGAUCAAACAGAUUAUUAUGGCUGGCAAAUCAAUGCAGCUGCUCAAGAACCUGGAAAGUAAGGACAACCAAGGCCUCCCAAUGGAAAACACUCACCGAGAUGCUGAAAGAAAAAGUUUGUAUGCGCUAUUCCUGGAGUCACUUCAGUCCUGCCUUCGUUAUGGGGAGGGUGCUGAAUCCUGUGAACGUACGGUUCCAGAGCAACAAGCCACUAAAGAAAGCUUGAUCAAGGUGCAGUCUAUAGUUGCUCGGCACCUUGAACUCGAUGAUGUUCAUGAUCCUUUAUUAGCAAUAACGUUUGCAAGGUUAUACAUGGAACAAAAUGAUUUUCAUGAAAGAUUCAGCAGUGGCGAUGUCAAUGUGGAUAGAUCCUCAGAAUCAGUGACCUGCCAGGCAUUUGAGCUCACGCUUCGCUCAUGUUUGUAUCCUCACAUAGAGAAACGGUACCUGGAAUGUUGCGGAAAAUUAAUGCAAACUCUGAAGACAGAUUACAAGCUUGUGGAAUAUCUUCAAGCCAUGAGAAAUUUCUUUCUCUUGGAAGCUGGAGAGACCAUGUAUGACUUCUAUGUAGCUAUUUUUGAUAAAGUAAAGGAGAAAGAAUCCUGGCAACACUUGUCAUUUUUAAACGGCCGGUUACAAGAGGCAGUUGGACAACGCUAUCCUGAAGAUAGCUCUCGGUUGUCCAUUUAUUUAGAAAAUGUUGACAUCGGCAAAAAGAGACUUCCUGUGCAUUCUAUUGAUGGUCUCACAUUGAGCUACAAGGUACCUUGGCCUGUUGAUAUUGUUAUCAGCUCAGAAUACCAGAAGAUUUAUAAUCAAGUGUUUAUACUUCUGUUGCAAAUUAAAUGGGCUAAAUACAGUCUUGAUGUUCUGAGGUUUGAUGAAUGUGAUGAAGCUUAUGAUAAAGCGCAAGCAACUCUUAUUAAGGAUUCCAGUUGGUCAUUUCAAGCACAGAAGACAUCUGUCAGACAGCAAAUUCACAGGAUGUUUCUGCUUAGAGUUAAACUUAUGCAUUUUGUCAACAGCUUACAUAAUUAUAUUAUGACACGGAUAUUACAUAGUACAGGUCUGGAGUUUCAGCACCAAAUUGAGGAAGCUAAGGAUUUGGACCAACUGAUAAAAAUUCAUUACAGAUAUUUAUCUACAAUUUAUGAUCGUUGUUUACUGCGGGAAAAAAUAAGCUUUGUGAAGGAAGCAAUCAUGAAAGUUCUGAAUUUGGUUCUAAUGUUUGCAGAUCGCUGGCAAACUAGCUUAGGAGCUUCAAAGAUUGAAUCUAUUGAGAAAAUGGAAUCUGACUUCAAAAACUGCCAUAUGUUUCUGGUGACAGUACUAAACAAGGCUGUUUGUCGAGGAUCAUUUCCUCACCUGGAAUCCUUGGCAUCAUCUUUAAUGGCAGGAAUGGAACAAAGUUAAUGGUGGCUAUCAUGAAGAUGCUUCGACAAAGCAUUGCAUUGGAAUAUCCUCGGACUGCCGUGUUGGAACCCUUUUAAAUGAGCUCAUAAAGUUGUACUUGCUACAAUCCUCAGUGGCAGGCGAUUACACAAAAAUACCUUCUAACUGUGAUGCCAUCUAAGAGCGGUGGCUGUAGUUAAUAAGUCUUGAUAAGUUUUUUCAAAAGCCAAUCCAAAAUGUAAAAGCAUGUGCUCACAAUUACUAGAUGGCUGCUGGUUGGUAUUACAUUAUAAAGUAUCAUCAUAAAUUAAUGCUAACUUUUCAGUCAUUUUCAGUAAUAUUCAUGUAGUCUCAGUGAGACAGGAACCUGUUUAAUAUUCAUUGCAUUGUCUAUAAGUUUAUUCUAAAAUAAAAAAAUAAUUGUCUUUAUACUGCUGAAUAAAGCUAAUGAAACGGGUAUCUGGCAAGGGAAGAAUCCUCAUUAAUUAAAUUGUGCAAUGGUUAUUGCAACAUUUUGGGCAAAUUUCAGCAGAUGAGAUUUAAGACUUUAAAUUUGAAGCAUUUUGGAUUCAAAAUGAAAGUUGGGUUAAACAUAAUGGCUUGUAUAGGUGACUUAUGAUUUUAUUGGUAGCCUUUGAAAGUGCAAAAUCUAACAAACGUAGCCAACUGGUCAGGUGACCGUGUCGUGGUGUCACAGCUGUUCCUCUCUCUUACCUAUCCAUACCCCUUUUCCCAGCAACUUAAAACAAACUUGGUAUUUCUCUCUUUUAUCUAAUUCUGACAGAGGCUGUUUGAUUCGAAACAACGACUCUCUCUUUCCACGGGUGUGUGUUUCCUGCACCUUUUGGCUUUGUUUCAAUAUUUCCAGCAUCAUCAGUUUUAUUGAUUUUCAUUUGGAAAAAUCAAGAAUCCGUCAGUGUUUUGUUAACCGAAAAUGUUAAGUGACAGCAUACACAUGCAUUCACCAGAAUUCAGCUGUAUGUAACUGCAAAUGCCAUUUGGCCUGUUUACACUUUCAUAAGUGUUGAUGCGUUUGUGACAAGGGAACAGAAACCACUCUGCCUUUCACUGUAUACUUUUAAGAGUAUAACUAUAAAUCUCUCAAAUCUCUCUCUCUCACUAGGUUAAAGCUAUUAAAAUAAUACAUAAACAUUUUGUAGCUAAUUGAAGAAUUUUUUUGAUGGCGUUGAUUCUAUUUUGCAGGUCAUGGAUUCAAAUUGUUAGUUCCAUUUUUCUGCUCUGUUGUUCGUUCUGAGUUCAAUGCUGUCUUUUGUGGUUUUAAGUCAAAUGGAAAGAAACAGUGCAAAACUGAUACUGUUCACAAAAGUAUUCAUGUUAUUUAUACUUCCCUCUUUGUGGUUCAUGCUGGUCAGAAUGUACAACAUUUUCAAAGUUCAAAGUAAGUUUAUUAUCAAAGUACAUGUAUAUAAGACAAUAGGAUAUAGGAGCAGAAUUAGACCAUUUGGCCCAUCCAGUCUGCUUCACCAUUUCAUCAUGUCUGAUCCAUUUUCCCUCUCAGCCCCAAUCUCCUGCCUUCUCCCCAAAUCUCUUCAUGUUCUGACUAGUCAAGAAUUAUCGGCCUCUGCUUUAAAUAUACCCAAUGACUUGGCCUCCACAGCUGCCUGUGGCAACGAAUUCCACAGAUUCACCACUCUCUGUCUGCAGAAAUUCUUCCUCAUCUCCAUUCUGUAGUUGUGUCCUAUGGUCUUUUAUUUCUUCUACCAAAGUGCAUGACCAUACAUUUCCCAGCACUGUAUUGCAUCUGCCGUUUCUUUGUCCAUUCUCCUAAUUUGUCUUAAGUCCUUGGGUAGCCUCCCUACUUCUCAAAACGAUCUGCCUUUCCACCCAUCUUCGUAUCAUGUCCAAACUUCCAUCAUCCAAAUCAUUGACAUAUAAUGUAAAAAGUAACGCUCCCUACACAGACCCCUGUGAAGCACCACUAAUCACUGGCAGCCAAUCAGAAAAGACUCCCUUUAUUUUCACUCUUUGCCUGCUGCCCAUCACCCAAUGCUCUAUCCAUACUAGUAUCUUUCCUUUAGUACCAUGGGCUGUUAACUUGUGAAGCAACUUUGUGUGUGGCACUUUGUCAAAGGCCUCCUGAAAAUCCAAGUACACAACAUCCACCAAUUCUCUUCUGUCUGUCUUGCGUGUUAUUUCUUCAAAUGUAUAUAUCACCAUAUACUACCUUGAGAUCAAUUUUCUUGGAGACGUUCAUAGUAGAACAAAGAAGUACAAUAGAGUCAAUAAAAAACUGCACGCAAAGAAUGACAAGCAACCAAUGUGCAAAGGAUGAACCAUGCGAAUAAAUAAAUAAUACCAAAGACGUGAGUUGUAGAGUCCUUCCUUGAA